UCUUGAUUCAAAGCCUGGGGGCUCGGGCGUGGAAGAGGGGCAGUUUCAAUCUGAAAACGAAUCAUUUUUAUAAAGCUGGCGUUUCACGUUGUUUGGAACGUUCCUACUUUGCACGGCUGGCCGUCCAACAACAACUAUUUCUUCCUUUAAGGAAAGACACAGAUUCCCUACUACAGACCGUCCAGGAAGUGACAAGCCGACUUCCCUUUGCAAUUUCAGCUGAUCAGUAGUUGUGAGUGGACGGCUCCACAUCAGGAAGAGAGGGGUUUUUUUCAGAGGGAAGUGGAACAGUGCGGGAGAGGUCGGAGCGGAGGAAGGCUGCCGGCUGUCUGGACGGGAGAGUGCAAAGAAGUUCGGCAAGAUGCAGAAGUAAAACUCCACUCAGCAGAGAGCACAGCAGAAAUGAUAUGGAAUUUUUGGAGAUUUCCUUGGACUGAGUCUGCCUCAACAAGCUGUCUCAAUACCAUUCACUAAAAAAGUCAAGUUGAGAUUCUUCAGUUCUGGCAUCCGUUGUCUAUCACGUAUCCAAAUAGUGUGGCUUUGCAGUGAAGAAUCCUAGUACUAAAUGACUGAAAAAUGAAAUCUUAUUCUAGCAAGGCACAGAAUCCCAGUAGAGUAAUGAAGAGCACAACAGUAACAUUCUUGCAAUUAGCUCUCAUGCGGACCUGAAAUGGAAGAUGCAGCCUAAAAUGAUACUGACAGACGAUUGUCCUCAAUGUAGUGAAUCCAGAGAGGUGGCUAUGUUACCAUGGUGACUCUUUUAACCAAAGGUCUGGAAAACAAGGGAUUGGCUUAUGGUACAUGCAACACCUUCAACUCUGAACUGCACCAUCCAAAGAAGAUGAGUAAAGGGCCUACUCUCCUCUCAUGUGGAAUCAUGGAGGGGGAUCGAUGGAGAGACAUCAGUAGGAAGUCUCAAAUUGACCUCGAGCACACCACCAAUGAACUAGAUUCACCUUGGGCCUGUUUGACCGGGUCGGAGGACUGCCAGGAGAACACCGUUUGGCCAAACGAUUCAAAUCCAGCGUCUGCUGUGACCAGUUUAAUUAAAGACCUCAGCCUCAAUGAUCGAAAUGGCCAUCCGUCAGCACCUCCCAGCAAACGGCAAUGUCGGUCACUGUCGUUUUCUGAUGAACUAACGAGCUGUCGGUCCCCAUGGAAACCCAGUGGGUCAAAAGUCUGGACUCCAGUUGAUAAAAGACGCUGUCACAGUGGGAGCAGUGUUCAACAUUGUUCAAAUGGAGUAUCUACAAUGCAGAGGAGUUCAAGUUUUAGUCUGCCUUCGAGAUGCAAUGUCUUUUCAUUCUCGUGUGAACCCUUGGCGAGCAGUAACAGUUCUGUGUGCCCCCGGGGACAGGGCUUUUGGACCGCACCCACCUUUGGAAGGUUUCAAGAUGAUCUGCGUCCUGACUCCAGUUCAGGAGUUGUGUCCGGGGUCGAUCUACUGCGACCUCUUUCUCUCUCUCACGAGCAGAUCUCUGGGCUGGAGUUUGGUGCACCGUCCCUAAAGAGUGCGUCUGCUGCAACUCCCGAGCCUGUGCAGCAGACCAGCCGGCUCCUCCGCUCCAGGUCACAGCCGUGUGUCCACAAUGACCAGAAAGUUGGAAUGAAACGCCGCAGACCAGACGAAGAUCAAAGACCAUCGCUUGACCUUGCCAAGAUGACUCAGAAUCUCAGGAAUUUUCACAGCCCCAGCUCUGUGGGUACCACUGGGAAUGAUUGCUGUCAACGGCAACAGACCAUCUCACCGAGCUCAACUGCAGCAAAGACAUGGACACCACACGUCUAUGUUUCAACUCCUAUGCCAGGCACAACCCCUGCCUGUAGUCCAGAACCACAGCAUCAUGGAGACUCAGAAAAACCCUCUACUAGCAAAGGGGAAGCUGGCAGGGAGAACACUGAGGUGUUUGGGGUUGUGAAGCAAAACUGGCCAAGUGAGAAGAAUGAUAAAGACUCCUGGAGGAGGGAAGACGCUGGACAAGAUGUAUUUCAGCUGGAUGGUGAACUUGACAUUGAGCAAAUAGAAAACAACUAGCCUAUCAGGUUCUAGGAUGCAUGAGCAGAUGAGAUCUAUAAAAUUGUGCACAGUUUGCUGCAUUUUUUUGUGUUUUUUAAAUAGUGUUCCAAGGGCAUGUUAAGUCAAACAACUUCACAUCUCCAUAUGUCUGUACCUGAAUAUUCAAUUUGCCAAAAGACAGUCAGACAGUCCUGCCUCUGUGGGAGCAAACCCAAACAGGACUGGAGGUAGUUUGUUUUUAACUACUCAUUAUACACAGAUAUAAUUGUCCGAGACAUUGAGUUUGAAGGCACGCUCAAGAAAACGUGGCCCCUCCCUGUGUUUUUAUCGAAGCUUACUGGUAGUAGUUUUAUAUCAAAACUGCUUCAAAUGUAGUGUGAAUGAUCUUUGCCAUUCUGAUUUAGUAAUUGACACUUUACCCAACAUUCCCCCAGCCCCCCUACCCCAUCCUAACAGAUGCCAACUUUCCCAAUCCGAAACUGUGAUCUCAAUGGACUGAAGCCACAAAAGCAAUCUGUCACAUGCUGCACGUUUGCAGACUGUUUUGUUUGUGUUUUAUUUUGUUUCCUUGUACUUACCAUCUUAUUUUUAAAACUGCCCUAAUGUUUAGCUUGCUUUUUUCUUGCAACUAAACUUUGGUAAUGUCUUGCUGUGGUGAGCAAAGCAGAGCCAUUUUAGUUUUGACUGCUGUCUUAUGUUUCCCAGCAUGUUUGUACUGCAAUACUGAGAUAUUUUCCUCUGCAAUGAGUGAAAAUAAAAUCAGGAGCAAAAUAUAUUUCUGUGUUUGCAGUGGGACUCAGUCGCUAACUCCUCCAGACAAUGCACACUGGUGCAAUGAGGCAAUUGACUGCCCACCUUGCUGUAAAAUUCUGAUGUGUCUAUACCCACUGGUAUCUACAGAAUGCCAAUUGCUGAGCUCUUAACCAAUGGAUGUUAGCAAUCUGACAUGAAAGAAGGGCAGGGCAGGCAGUGAGAGAUGGAAAAAUCACUUAAUAUAUAAUCAGUGGAUUUCAAAGUUAUAAGAAUUCUAUCUUUUGAACCACAAAUGGAUGGAAGUUCGUUAACUUCAGUGAAAACAUGCAGAAACUUAUGGACAGGUCUAAAAUCCAGCUGUAAAGGAAACUAUCCAGGAUUCCUAUCAGAAUCGGUAGAAUUGGCGUCUCUGGCUUGGACAACACAAAAUUCCCAAUUAUCAGUUUUGUGUGUGUGUCUACUGUAGACUCAGGGUGUCCAUAAAUGGACUUAUGAACAUUUUUUAAAGAACCCACAACUUUUAUUAAUUUAUAUUAAACUUGUACAAUACAGGACAAAUGUUUUCUACUGCAAGGAUUAUUUUCUCAUACUGCAUGUAACAAAUUAUCUACAACCUCAUUCUUUGCAAUAAAUUUUUAACAGGAAUUAGUUACACAGGAAGUUUAACAGUUAAUGUCAGUGCUGCUGGUUUCAGAUAGAACUUCAGAAGGCUAUUAUUGUAAGUGAGCUGGGAACGAGAUGGUGUACAGUGAGGUUACACUUCUAAAGUGUGACUGUCUUUGUUUGUUUAUUACAAUUUCUGGAAUGUCAGGAAUUCCAAGAAGAAAUGCAAGGAUGUCUAUGAAAGUAUUGACUAUUUUAAAUUUUUUUUUCAAAUGUAGACCAAGCAAUAUUUCUGUUGAGACAGUACUACCUGCAUGUGCGAGAGAAACUGGUGGUAGCAAAAUGUGUUGUUUAAUGUGAAAGGCCUUUCGGCUCAUGGAAUGCUAUCUAGUAUGUGAUGACUCCAAAUUGAGCCAUGAAAGCCAGUGAUUAAUUGUAGUUUUUCCAACCAUUAUUUGCAGCGAUAAUGCAGCACUACAUAACCUGUUUGCCUUACUGUACUUUGAAAGCUUACACAGUAAAUGCUGCAGUUAUAUAUGGCUAAUCUGGACAUUUCAACUUGAUACUUAAGGGAAAUUAUGCUAGCAAAUCUCGAUGCAUACUUUGUAUGAAAAGACUGCUCAUAUACAGUGAAUGCAUGGGCUACUGUUGCUGAAAUAAAUUGGAGAACACUGCUGUAUUUCAGAACAUUUGUAUGCAAUUCUUAACUAGAAGCAAGAAAGUCUUUGAAGAUUUGAGGCAAAUUCUAAAUCAGUAAAUCUGAUUUCUAUGAUGAGACUGUCUUCAGCAAAACUGUAUCACUUCCUGUUG